UUCUUCUUCCGCCCACUUUCCACUCGUUCUGAAGUGGAUUUCACGAGGAUUUGAGAUCCGGAUGGCUUCUUGAAACCCAAAGGCGGAGGAGGACAGAGAGAGAGGCGAACAAAAGCGGUGGUGCCGGCGGCAUGGAAGGAAGGGAUCGGGCCGAGAUCUUAGCACGGCCGAGAUUGAUGCUGGGUAUUUGAUGCCUUUCUUGCCCUCUCUUCGUGGUCUGGGGUUUAAAGCUUGUGUCUCUGAGGCCUUCAUUGUUUUUUUCCGCUUCAAAUUGAGAGGGAUUUGCAUCACUUUUGGUGUAUCUGAGGUCCUGUCAAGUUCCUCAACAUGUAACAGGACAAUAAAAUUAGGAGAAUAGGUUGUCAUUCCCAAACUCGGAAUCUCUGGUAUCUGCUGUUUGCAUAAUAGUGGGCUACCAAUUAUAUGCCUGUUGGAGGGGACUGUCUUUUGAGUUUGGGCUGGCUUAGAUGUCGUUCCGUAGCAUUGUUCGUGAUUUGAGAGAUGGCAUUGGCAGCUUAUCUCGCCGGGGCUUUGAGGUGAGGCUCUCAGGUCAUCACAGGGGGAGAUCUCAGGGUGCUGUGCACGAAGUGCAUGACCAUACUGUAGUAGUCCAGAGCAGCUGUUGGGCUAGUCUUCCUCCUGAACUACUUCGUGAUGUGAUCAAAAGGUUGGAGGAGAGUGAGAGUACUUGGCCUUCCCGCAAAAAUGUAGUUGCCUGUGCAGCUGUUUGUAGGUCAUGGAGGGAAAUGUGUAAAGAGAUUGUUAGAAGCCCAGAAUUUUGUGGAAAGCUUACUUUUCCAGUAUCCCUGAAGCAGCCUGGACCUCGAGAUGGCACUAUUCAAUGCUUUAUCAAGAGGGACAAAUCAACUCUAACUUAUCAUCUCUAUCUAUGCCUUAGCUCCGCUGUACUUGUUGAAAAUGGGAAGUUCCUCCUAUCAGCUAAAAGAACUCGCCGCACAACCUGUACAGAAUACGUAAUAUCUAUGGAUGCUGACAAUAUAUCAAGAUCAAACAACACUUACAUUGGGAAACUAAGGUCUAAUUUUCUUGGCACUAAGUUCCUAAUCUACGACAUCCAACCCCCACACAAUGGAGCAGCCCUCUCCCAACCAGGGAAAACAAGCAGGAGAUUUUACUCCAAGAAAGUGUCUCCUAAAGUUCCGUCUGGAAGCUACGUCAUAGCACAAGUGACAUACGAGCUGAACGUCCUGGGCACCCGGGGACCCAGGCGGAUGCACUGUAUCAUGCAUUCUAUUCCUGCCUCAGCCCUCGAUGCUGGAGGGACCGUCCCUGGUCAGCCCGAUCAUCUGCUCCCUCGCUCUUUGGAUGACUCCUUUCGCAGUAUGUCCUUCUCGAAGUCAUCCAUCAUGGACCGAUCCAUGGAUUUCAGCAGUUCUCGCUUCUCUGAGAUUGCCGGAGGACCCAGGGGUAUUGGUGAUGAGGAAGAUGAGGCUAAAGAGAGGCCUCUGAUCCUUCGGAACAAGGCCCCAAGAUGGCACGAGCAGUUGCAAUGCUGGUGCCUCAACUUCCGAGGUCGUGUGACCGUUGCAUCUGUCAAGAACUUCCAGCUUAUUGCUGCAACACAGCCUGCUGCGGGAGCUCCAACUCCGUCGCAGCCCGCACCACCAGAGCAUGAUAAGAUCUUACUGCAGUUUGGGAAGGUUGCCAAGGACAUGUUCACCAUGGAUUAUCGGUAUCCGCUGUCAGCCUUCCAGGCUUUUGCCAUCUGCUUGAGUAGCUUUGACACCAAGCUGGCUUGUGAAUAGAGCCGUUAGAAGAAUGCUGGAAAACUAAUAUGACGGUUAGAAAUUCUUGGUGUCUGUUUGCUAUUGAUGGCAGCUGUCGAUGCAUCAAUUUAACUUUCUACUGUGUUGCAGCAUUUAUUUGCCCUCUUAACCUCUCCCCCCACCCCCAACAAACCCCUCUUUUCUGUGUUUCUGUAACACGUUCUGUAUGAAAUAUUCCAUUGGAUGCCUCAUCGCAUUUUCUCUCUUUAAA